AUGGCCGAUGCCUCGGAGCCCGGCUCCGUGCCGACGGCGGUGCAGAAGCCCAUCCACAGCCUCGUCCUCGACACCGGCCCGCUGAUCAAAAACGACCCCCCCGUCAGCGUGCUGCUCGCCAAGGCGGUGUCUCUGUAUACCAUUCCAUCCGUCAUCCCCGAGAUCCGCGAUGCCGCCACGCGCUCUCGAGUCCAGACGACCCUCCUGCCCUUCGUCACCGUUCGCUCGCCCAAAGCCGAGAGUGUAAAGCACAUCCAGGCGUUUUCCCGGAGGACGGGUGACCUGGCGGUGCUGAGCCGCCCCGAUCUCGAGAUCCUGGCUCUAGGCUACGAGCUGGAGUGCGAGCGCAACGGGGGAGAUUGGAGGCUGCGAAACACGCCCGGCCAGAAGACGUUGAAUGGUCGACCCAACCAAGCUUCGAACGGUGCAGAGGGGGUGGUGGCCGAGACUGCCGCGGUUGCCCCGACGCCCGAGAUAUCGAGCACGGAAUCCGGGACUCGACCUGAAUCAAAAGUUGUUUCAGACCCCCGAACGGAAGAGUCGGAGCUCGAGAGCAACCUGGAGAACCUGGACUUGAACGAGUCGAGCGAGGUCGAAGACUCAACCGACCCCUCGGCAACCACGACGGCUUUGGAGGCUGUCGCCACGACAGUGGAAAUGUCGAUGCCGGUGGGAACCGAUAACCGCCCCGACGGAGACGCCGCGACGGAGACGGCCCAAUCGCCGCAGCUGGACGUCUCGGACGACUCGGACGACGACGACGGAUGGAUCACUCCGUCCAACCUCAAGAAACACCAGGCCAUGGACUCGAGCACUGCCGUUCCCGCCCAGUGUGCGCAGUCGACCCUUCAAGCGGCCGUGCUCACGUCCGACUACGCCAUGCAGAACGUGGCCCUGCGCAUGAACCUCAACCUCAUAACGCCGUCCUUUGCGCGCAUCACGCAGCUCAAGAACUGGGUCUUGCGAUGCCACGGCUGCUUCAACGUCACAAAGGACAUGAGCAAGCAGUUCUGCCCCUCCUGCGGCCAGCCCACCCUCAACCGCGUCAGCUGCUCGACCGACCAGCAUGGCAACUUCAAGAUCCACCUCAAGCGCAACUUCCAGUGGAACAACCGCGGCAACGUUUACAGCGUGCCCAAGCCUGUCCACGGCAGCGCCAACGGCAAGCUCGCGAAGCAUGUGGGUGGUGGCAAGAAUGGCUGGGGUCAAGACCUGAUCCUCGCCGAGGACCAGAAGGAGUACGGCCGGGCGUCGGACAGCCUGCGCCGGCAGAAGACAAAGGACAUCAUGGACCAGGACUACCUGCCGGAUAUCUUGACCGGAGCGCGGUCAGCCGGCGGCGGCAAGAUCCGCGUCGGCGCAGGGCGGAAUGUGAACUCCAAGCGCAAGCAUUAG